AUGGGGGUGGGGAUGAAGAGGGCCACCGGCAGGGCGUACAACGUGUGGACGGCGGGGGAGGAGGAUGCCCUGCGGGCGGGCGUGCGGCGACACGGCGUCGGCGCCUGGGAGACGAUCCGGCAGGACGAGGAGUACCCGGCGCUGAGGAAGCGCAGCGGGGUGCAGCUGAAGGACAAGUGGCGGAACCUGGUGAAGUUCCGCAAGCUGGGGGAGGAGGAGCUGCGCGGGCUGCCGAGCCGCACGGGGGGGCCGUGGAGCCGCAGGGGGAGCAUGAGGCACGAACUCCAAGGGGACGGGGUGGGUGCAGAGAGGAAUGUCAGUGCAACCUUCCAGGUUGAGGAGACGAUCGCCCGUGUGCAGCGGACGUGCAAUGCAAAUUGCGUAGCCGACAAGAAUGGACACGAUGCGUCAGAAAAACAGCGUCGGUCUGUGCGCAGUUGUGCCCGCGGCCCCCACCGCUUUGACGAGUUCUUCACAGACUUUGAUGGCGUUGACGGCGAAGGUUGGGGCAAGAGGAAGGUCCCCCGGGGGCAUCACAGGGCCCAAGAGUGCAGAAAGCUUGCUCCACGUGCUGAGGACCGACGCUAUGGCAUCUAUGAUGUUCGGAGGUACAGCUACCACAGCAUGCCAAACAACGCUGGGCGCAAUGACGACAGGAAGCUGGAGAUGGUGGCUGGAGGCAAAGAGGAGGAAGAAUCGUUCGUGGUGGACUGUCCCUGUGGAGUCACAUACGACGAUGGGCAGAUGAUGAUCGAGUGUGAGCUGUGCAAAGCGUGGGCACACAUUCGGUGUUUGAAGGAGCGAAUGGGUCGUUUUCGGAGUCCGAGUGAUCAGGACUCCCAAACCUACCUUUGCCACAAGUGCCAGGCCAGGAGGCCGAUGACCCCCCACAGCCCGAACACAACCACCCAAGAGCAUCCCUUCAAAACAGCGGAGGUUGAAGGUGGGCACCCACUGGCAGGCUUCAAAGUCCCAAGGAAGAAGCGGCUCCAGCGCCGGCCAAGGUUGGACGUGAGGAGCUGGUGCUCAUGGAUGCGUCCACUGAUGACAUCAUCUUGUGGAAAGAGAGACAGGAGGUCCAGGUUCAUGGCGGAGGAGAGCCCCUGGGUGCAGUGCGAGGAGUUUGGCCCAGGCUUUGGGGUGGGGGCCUUUCCAGGAAUGGGCUUUGGUGGAUUUGGGGCACAGUGUGGCUAUGGUGGCGUGGAAAUGCUGCAUGCACAGCUGAUGGCAGCCAGGGAACAGUUGAGGUUUCUGCCACAAAACCUUGCUGCCUUGGCCCUGUACACCCAGGCCCUCCAGAGCACCACACCGGACAGCCAGCUCCUGAUGCCUGAAAGGCAAUGCCAGUCCUUCCUGCCACAGGCGAUGGCUGCCCACCUUGCACACCAGAUGGGACUGCUGCGCACUGGCAGCCCUUGCACCACGCCCCAUGGCCUGAUCGCUGGACCACCUGUGCCCAAGAAACUGAAGCGAGAGGGGAGUGGUGUUCCUGACUGCGGAUUCGAUUUUCAGAGGGAGGGCUUCCAGGGCAGCUGCGCAGGGGGUUUCAAGCACAAGGCCAAAGCGUAG